AUGCACCAGAUUUACAGCUGCAGCGACGAAAAUUUGGAAGUUUUCACCACUGUGAUUUCAUCCAAAUCAUGUAGUCCUGCCCGGAGACGAGCCAAAACUACGCAGCACAUCCUAACAAAGAGUGUGGUAGCCAUAUCCGAUCGUCAUCCCUGCAGGACAGAGAAGCUGCAGCCCCACCAGGGUGAACUCCUCCAGGUGCUGUACAGCGAAGAGGAGGUGCGGGGCUUGGGCUGCAAGCAGCGGGGACCCUGCCCCACCAAGGCCACUGCCUCCCACAUGGGAAUUACUGACCAAGAGUCAUCCAAAUCCUGUAACCACCUGUUAGAUGGAAAAUCUUUGUUCCCACCAUCGCCGGUUGCCCAUACCACAGUGAAAGCAGCGGCUGUCACAGACUCGCCCGCAGGCGAUGGCACUUCUACAGAUGACCACCAGCAGCACUGGAGGAAGACAGCAGAGUAUGAUCUGACCCUGCCACCAGGAGCAGAAGCUUCCCUACCGCUGACGGGAGGCAACCUGUGUGGGACACCCAGCCUCCUGAGGAAGAUGUGGAUGAAGCACAAGAAGAAGUCAGAGUACCUGGGAGCAACAAACAGUGCCUUUGAGGCAGACUGA